UUAUCAUUCUAUUUUAGAUAACCUGAGCCAAUGCAGUUUACAUUAGUAACAUUAGUUUACAUAGGUUUUGCUAUUUUCUAACAAUUCGUAUUCAAUUUUUCUAUGAUUUUAUUUUAGAGGACAACUUGUGGUAAUAAUUAUUCUGUUUUUUAACUACUCGUCAAAAUAUUCCAACUAAACCAUGCCUUCAGCAGUCAGUACCAAAGGUGUAACCAGGAGUGAAAUAUUAGGUUUGAUGAACGAGAAGGAAAAACUCGAACAGCAACUUUUAGCCCUAAUGGAAGUUUUAACUUCGCACAGAGUUGGAAUGGAUGACCCAUUGGUGGACGAACAAGAUUUUCCGCGGAAUGACAUCGACGUUUAUCAAAUUCGUUUGACACGUAAUCAAAUAAUUCGUACCCGAAAUGAUCUGAAAGCCAUUAUGGACCGUAUAGAGAAGAGUUUAAUUGAAUAUUUUACACAAGGCAGCAGUAAUGAGCCCGAUUCUAUGAAUGGACACUGUAGUUUAAAACCGGAGCAUUAAAAUUUCACAAAUUACGCAAUUUUAUAAAAUGCAAUGAAUAUUAAAAAUGUAAAUAGUUUUAAUUUUAUAAAAAAAAUGUUUAAAAUUGAAAAAGUAAAAUAAAAUGUAUUGUUUUAUCACUAAUUGAACUAGUAUUCAACCAAUGUAUAAUACAAAUAAAAUUAGGAUAACAAAACUAUUUUAAAUUGAUCCAGAACAUCUACUUAUAAAAUUUUAAAUAAUUCCUAGCUAUAGUUUAUAAAUAAGCUCUAAUGUGAAUUUUUAGUGAUUACAAGAUGGCAGAUUUGA